AUGAAAACGUACAAUCUGAGCAGUGCCUGGGAGCAAAUGGUAGUCACCUUUGAAUGCGACCUCACUUCACGUGACGAGGAAGCGCCGAGGGACAAUUGCCCAUCCAUCCAUACACUUGUUUCCACUCUGCUCGUACAAUACGAUAACUCGCCACCGCACAGUUGCUUACAAUCAAAUCUCGCGCUUUCAUAUUCGAUGGCCGACAAUGCUAAAUCAAACCUGGAUCAAAUGCAGCCUUCGGUUGAUGAACCACUGGAGCAAUCCACCGACCAGGACAAAAAAUACUCUACACGUCCCUUCGUCCGCUACACGCGUGCUCAACUUUUGUACCUCAGCAAAUCACCCCUUGUGACCGUCCCAAAUGGCAUGCCUCAUUUCAAGGAUUGGUUCGGUGAAUGGGGUGACGCUUCCAUUGCGACGACUAAGAAGGAGCCUGCGUCAGAGGCGCUUGGGCAGUUGCCCCGAGACCGCGCAAGAUUCAGGAGGGAUAACGAGGACGGAGAAGGGAGUCGCGAAGCGCCAUCUUCUGGCCGCCCGACAUUCAAAAAUGCUCUUUCUUUUUCCCAGGCAUCGGGAUCUGCGAUGGGUAGUAUGGGAAGUUUCCGCCAUCCAUCUUCGCGUCUCGAGUCCGACGCUAGGCGAGAAGAAAGGGAGCGCGAGCGUGAACGCGAAGGUCGACGUGAAACCGAGAACCUACGUAACUUGAGCCAACAAUUCGACCGUGAACGUCGUGACCGAGAAGCAGCCCCACAUCUCCAUCGUAUCGUGUCGGGUGCCUCCAGUACAAAUGGCCGGGAUCCCAAGUCACGAGAUCCAGCUCGUGACAACGCUAAGGAGCCAUCUCGGGAGACGCGUCGAGGAAGAGGAGACGAUGCUCAUGAUUGGCGAAAGGCUCGCGAUGAUGAUAGACAACGCAGUCGUAGCCGCCCACGAGGUAAAGGUGAGCGCGAACCUGGAGGUGGGUCUAAGCGUGAAAAGGAUAAUUGGACAUCUCCUGAGGAACGUCGGGGUGCUGCAGGUCGAAGACGGAACGCCGCAGGUGACGAUCGUGUGGAGGGGAAAGCAAAAGACGAAAGGGCUGCUACCAAAAACGAUCGUGAUAAACUACUUCAAGAAGAAGAACCCGCUUGGAUGGGUGAUUAUGUUCCGGAAGCUGGGAGUCGUGGCAUACUUGGACUGGCCAAGGGAGAAGAUGAUAUUCAAGCCUGGAAACGAGAGCAGAAAGAAAAGGACCGAACAGCACAAGGAAUAGAGGCGGACUCUCCCGACGAUGAGGGCUUAGGAGGGCUUGACGAUGCUGUCGCUCACAUGAAAUUGAUAGAGGAAAAGGCCAAGAAAACUGCGUUUGGCCAAUCUGAAGACGAUGGUCUGGACGAAAUCCAAAGGUUUAAAAAACUCAUGCAAGAAUCCGAGCGGCAGCGCCGAGAAGAAGCGGAGCGGAAAGCACUCGAGCUCGCAGGAAAGUCUGAGCCCAAGGCAACGGCAGAGCAAACCCAGCCAACCAAUGGGGUGGCGGAUGCACCAGUUACAGUACCGCCACCGGGUCCUCCUGGCCUCACCAAAUCUGUGACGGAUAUUGAUCUGGCGUCCACACCACCUGUGCCAGACGUGUCAGAUACCAACGGGCGCAUUGGUGGGAUCUCUCUCGGCUCAUCCAAUUGGCCUAUUUCGGCAGCUACGACCCCUUCGACAACCGCAGCAACUUUAUCAACGCCUGGGUGGACUCAGUCAGGAGGAUCUAGUACUGACUCGGCGUCCAACUCUCGUCUUUCUCCCAUCCAAGCUCGCCGUUUCACCCAAGAUGGUACUCCCGCGGAUGGUGCGGUGGUCGGUACUCGAAGCACUAGUCGAUUCGCAAACUUUUUUGGCGACAAGCAUCGCGAACCAUCUGCUCCUCAGUUUAACAGCAACGUACCCGUACCCGCCCCGCCCCAUCCACAAUUCAUGCAAGGGGGAAACGAUUCGCAACUAUUGGAGACGUUGCUGGCAAGGCUAACUGAAUCACAGGCCCGGCAGCAAGUCCAACCGCCUCAAACUCAGGACCGAGCAUUUGCACAGAGGAACCCCAGUAUGCCAUCACAGCCGCAGUACUCUGGAGUUCCACCACAGAACAUUAUAAACCUACAGCACGCUCAACCUACGGUCGUCCAGCACCAACGUGCGCAGCUUUCUAUUCAUCAACAGCAGCAGCAGCUCCUGUCGAGUUUAAAUGCUGGCUCAAUGUCCAACAACGCAGCAGGAAUCCAUAGCCUGGGGCACGCCGGACCCUCCAGUCACCCCCAAGCAAUGAAUUCAGGAUUGCUCAAUCCUAGCCUUAACCUUGACAUCGAUGGCCGCUUUGUGAGCGACAACCUCGUUCCUGGUCUCCGCCCUCGUAACGGUUCUGUCGCAUUCGAUGAAGACUUCCAGGUCAAUCCGGCGGCUGCUGGUAUGGGUCGGGGAACAAUGCAACAACAUCGACCACAGCAAUCGUUUGAUGCAUUGCACAGACAACAACAACAACAACAACCAGGAGUGUACAAUAUGGGUGGAAAUCGUACGCCGACCGGAGGUUUCCGCAACGGGCCAUCGCCUAUUGGCGGCCACAACCCUAAUCCCAUGCAACGUGCACCCGAUCUACCCCAGUAUCUUGGCGGAAUGCCUAAUGCUCUUACCGGAGGUCCUGUUGGUGCAGGAGGAAAUUCUAACGGGCCACAACAACAACAAUACGGGAACCGCUUGGGUGCGAUGGGGAACUUAGGAAAUAUGCUAGGAGCAGGCGGACCACCUAACCAGCCGCGGUUCGAUGAGCGACAGCGCAUACAACAAGGUCAGACCAUUCAUCACCAAUCGGGGCAGUCUUUGUCCGGAAUUGGUGGUCUUCCGCUCGACUUUGGUCUUCUCCAUCAACAGCAACCUCAACGACAAAUGCCUCGUAAUGGUAUUCCCGGAGUUGGUGGGUACCCCAUGCAACAGAAUCCGUCACAAAUGGGCCCGCGUAGUGGUUCUGGUUUGCAUGGAGGUAUGGGUGCACAAUAUCCGGGUCAUAUGCACAACGACUUCGUGGUUCAGCCAAAUCAAACGACGAACGCGAGUGACAUCAUGGCUAUGUUCCUUGCAAACCAAGGCAACGCGGGGAUGGGUGCAUGA